UAUUUAUAUUCGUUAUUUUUUUGCUUUUUUAAAACUUCCUGGUUUAUGUUGAGAGUGUCAAAUAUUACUAUAUUACAAGUACUAUUGUUCAGAUUAAAUAGCAAUUCUGUGAGUCAGUGCUGAGCUUAAGAAAAUAAUUAAGAAAAAAAAAUUAAAUUUCCUUUUUCUUUGCAGAGUAUAUUUACCUGUGGGAUUGCUGUUUUUCGUACAGUUUAAGUUUUAAAAAAGCCAACUACACAAGCAUUAUGAAUGCACAAGGACAGAGAGAUGUUGAAAAAGAUCCAAAUACCCAAAGAAAAACAAAUGAAGAUAACGUUGCUCUUGAUGAGAAUCUAGACACACUGUCUUACAAGCAGGUAGGAGAUGGAAGGUCUAAAGAGGUAAAUGAAGAUGUGACUGUAAAUGGCUUAGAUGAUGCAAUUGUAAGUCAACAAAUUGCUGGAGCAACAGGUGGUGAAGAAGCUGAAGUUAAAGAACCUCAUCCUGAUCAUUCUGAAAGAAAUGUUAAUGGGGGAAAUCAUUCUCAUCAACCUUCUGUAACGGUAAAUCCAGAGGCAGUGAAAGAGUUUGAAAUAGAAGCAACAGAUAGCCCUGAAAAGCUGGAUACAAAUUCAAUCAGACCAAAUAGCUCUACAAUAAGGAAAAGAAGGCAUGAUUUGGCUUUUGAAUAUCUAGAUGUGGCAAACACCUUAGCAGGAGAUGCUCAUAAUAAUGGUGUUCUUCCUGAUUGUAAUGACGGCAAUAAUGAUACAGAUGAGUCUGGUGGAGCCAUGAAGAAAUUACUGAAGGAAAUAGUUAAAGCUGCCGAGUCUAGAAAAAGGAGAAGCAUACAAGAAACUUGCUCAAGACCAUCAUCAUCUGAUGAUAUCUCUACAACAAGAACAGAUAAUGAACUGGAUACAUCACCAGUUGAAGAUACUCCUGUUACAGAUCACAGCAUAUCAGAAGAUGGAUCAGAAAGUACCAGUAACAACACUAAUGAGGACAGUCGUAAAACCGCAAGGGAAAGUUGCGAGUUUAUGGGAUAUAAAGCAGACGAGAUAGACGAGGCCAUAAAUCGCUACAGUCAGUUAAACGAUGAUGCAGAUGACUUUCAUGCUAUAGAUUUAGCAGAGCUGAUUGAUGAUAAGAGAAAUGAUGAGGUGCCUGAUGCAAGUUCUGACCCAGGCCCAAUUGCCAGUAAAAAUGAUCAUGUGGGGGACAGCCAGGAGCACGGAAUCAUGAACAUGGAUUCAAGAGAAGUCCAGUAUUCCACUACUGCUAUUGUGAUAGUCAAAAAGGAUCCUUCAGAUGUUAGUGUUGCUCAUACUACAGUACUCACCUGUCCAUGUGGAUGUGGAAAAGUGUUUAAAUCUCAUUACCCUUAGCAUUGGCAUUUAUCAAACAGUUUUGUCUAUAACUUACAAACUUGAACUGAAUAUCUAGCUUUGUGGAAUAUGUUUAUUUAGGAUUUAUUAAAUGGACUGUCAAAUUAACAAAUAAGAUUUCUUUUAAUGUUAUAUUAAAAAUUCCAUGUUUUGAAUACCUAAGUAAAUCUCUUUCACUUUUCAGCUGCAUAAUAACAAUGAAAAGUUAUAUAGUGUUUUGUUUGUUAUGGCCAAAAUUGUUUGAUAAA